CAUGUGCAGAAAUUAAAAAUGAUGCUUGUGAUCCCAGGACAUGGCUUGGGACAUAGCGUGAGUAGGACAGAUGGCCAAGGUGUGGGACUGUCCCGAAAAAUUCAGGACAGUUGGCUUCUAUGCAGGGGCGGACUGACCAUUUGGAAACUCGGGCACUGCCUGAGGGCCCGGGGUCAGUAGGGGGCCCCAUGAGAUGCCCCUGGUACCUUUCAUUGGCUUUCUUGGGUGUGAGCGAGGACACAGGGGCCCCAUGAUUCCGUAUUGCCCGGGGGCCCCAUGAGUUGUCAGUCC